AUGUAAUAUAUUAAAACUUAAUUGAUAUUAUUCCUCUAUGGAUUGUUUGAUAGCAUCUAAUUCAUGAAGGGACUCAGAAGAUAUGCUAAUGAUAAAUAGGACAAAUAUCGCAUUGAAAUCUAAAAAUAUUUAAAGCAAGCAAUAUAAUUUGCUGCCAAAAAAUUGGCUAUCGUUGUUUUUAUAGACUUGUUCUUAUAUUUGUUGUCUCUAAUAUCAAUUCCCAAAUUAUUCUUAAUGUUGAUAUAGAUCAUAUCAUUUGUCUUCUACUUUGAAAACAAUAUUCGGUAAUUGGUUUAUGUAGGCAAAAUUACAUAAACAGCAAUUUAAUAUGAGACAAAUGUGAAAUAAAAUAGGCAGUUUUUCAUCUACAAUUUAAAAAGAGACAGUAAUGUUGGAUUCUCCACUUUAAUUAUUAAGUGAAAUUAACAUUGCAGGUAUUGCUUUUCAGCUUUUUAUUAUUGCUUCAAACUUCAUUAUUUGACAUCUUGGUUAUAAUUCUACCAGAAAAUACAUUAAUCUAGUUGAUAAUCAAACAUUAGAUUAUUUACUUUAUGCCGUCUAUAUAUACAGGGUAACAACAGGUUAUUUAUCAUUAAAGAUUCCUUAUCAGGAUCACUUGCCUUAUUAUCUACAUACAUAUAUAGGCUAUUUAAUAGGUUAUUCUGUCAUUUUGUCAUACUUUUUAAAUGUUUAUUUCAGUUUUCCAAAAUUAUGUAUAGUAUUCUCUAUUUUAUCUCCAAUUUGUUUAUUGAGGGAAUUUUAGAUUUAUGCUCCUUUGAUAACAGAGGUAGAGAAGAAAUCAUUCUGUGAAAUUAUGUAAAUAAGGUAUUUUAGAUUUGGAUAUUUUGAUAAAGAACUUCUUAGGAGAGGAAGGGAUAUCAAGGACAUCAUAUGAACACCAUUUGAAAAUGGCAGAAAAUGAUAAAGAAUACAAACUAAAGGAAGAAAAACAAUUGGUUGAUUUACAUUAGCGAGAGGAUUAAGACCAUAUGUUAUUAAUCCAUUGA